AUGUUUCGUACUAUGGAUAAUUCAAUUCAUUUUCAAAAAAGUGGAAUUUCAAAAUUGCUUAGUUUAAUUAAUCGCAACAAAUUUCUGGUUAAAGCAGUUUUAACUGCGAUAAUAACCGUCUUCUCAAAAAUUAGAAGAAAAAUUGAGAGCCUAGCAUAUCUUUCAACUCAUGCAAUAAUGAGAGGAUGUGUGAAUCGUUUCUUGUUGUUCGGCAUCGAUGAUGAUGUCCAAGUAGCGUUAGCCGAUCGUUCAAACUGUCGCAUGAUGGAUCGUCGCCUCCUCGACUUAAUUCCGCUUUCGCCCAGCACUGAUCUCAAAAAAUUAAAUUUGCAAUGUUCGUCAGAAACUGAGUUUUGUUUCGUUAAACCAUAUAGAUUUCACUGCCCAGAUGACGGUCGUACUUACUUUCAUUCUCUGACGAAGGAACUUCCAUCUAGUAAAGCCAGUAGCAAUGCGAAUGAAUCUAUCGGUUGUUAUAUGACAUUGUACCAAAAUCGGAGGUUGAUUGGAAGCUAUACUUUACUUUAA